AGGAGACUCGGAGGGGAAGUUUGGUCGCCGCCGCCGGGGACCGUGUGAGGAGGAGCCGCCGCCGCCGCCGGGAGAGCGGGAGCGAGGGGCCGCCCCGCGCCGCCAUGGGGAACCGGGGCAUGGAGGAGCUGAUCCCGCUGGUGAACAAGCUGCAGGACGCGUUCAGCUCCAUCGGGCAGAGCUGCCACCUCGACCUGCCGCAGAUCGCCGUGGUGGGCGGGCAGAGCGCGGGCAAGAGCUCCGUGCUCGAGAACUUCGUGGGCCGGGACUUCCUUCCCCGAGGCUCUGGAAUCGUCACUCGACGGCCUCUCAUCCUUCAGCUGAUCUUCUCCAAGACAGAAUAUGCUGAAUUUUUGCACUGCAAGUCCAAAAAGUUCACGGAUUUUGACGAGGUGCGGCAGGAAAUCGAAGCAGAAACGGACAGGGUCACCGGAACGAACAAAGGCAUCUCUCCUAUCCCCAUCAACCUUCGCGUCUAUUCGCCGCACGUGCUGAACCUGACUCUGAUUGACCUCCCGGGUAUCACCAAAGUGCCAGUGGGGGACCAACCUCAAGACAUUGAGUACCAGAUCAAAGACAUGAUCAUGCAGUUCAUAAGCAGGGAGAGCAGCUUGAUCCUCGCUGUGACGCCAGCCAACAUGGAUCUGGCCAAUUCAGAUGCGCUCAAGAUGGCAAAAGAAGUUGAUCCUCAAGGCUUGCGGACAAUUGGAGUGAUCACCAAGUUGGAUCUGAUGGAUGAAGGCACAGAUGCCAGGGAUGUGCUGGAGAACAAGCUGCUUCCUUUACGAAGAGGCUACAUCGGUGUCGUUAACCGGAGCCAGAAGGACAUUGAUGGUAAGAAGGACAUUAGGGCAGCACUGGCAGCAGAACGGAAGUUCUUCCUUUCUCACCCGGCUUACAGGCACAUGGCAGACCGGAUGGGCACCCCACACUUGCAGAAGGUCCUUAACCAGCAACUGACCAACCACAUUCGGGAGACGCUGCCUUCGUUGCGCAGCAAACUUCAGAGUCAGCUGCUGUCCCUGGAGAAGGAGGUUGAGGAGUACAAGAAUUUCCGCCCUGAUGACCCCACGCGAAAAACCAAAGCUUUGUUACAAAUGGUCCAGCAGUUUGGUGUGGACUUCGAGAAGCGGAUUGAAGGUUCUGGAGACCAGGUGGACACACUCGAACUCUCCGGGGGUGCCAGAAUCAAUCGCAUUUUCCAUGAGCGGUUUCCUUUUGAGCUUGUGAAGAUGGAGUUCGACGAGAAGGAUUUGAGACGAGAAAUAAGCUAUGCAAUUAAAAACAUCCACGGUGUGAGGACGGGGCUCUUCACCCCAGACUUGGCAUUCGAGGCCAUUGUGAAAAAGCAGGUGGUGAAGCUGAAAGAGCCUUGUCUGAAGUGUGUCGACCUCGUUAUUCAGGAGUUAAUCAAUACAGUUAGACAGUGUACCAGUAAGCUUGGUUCCUACCCCCGGUUACGAGAGGAGACGGAGAGGAUUGUUACCACUCACAUCAGGGAACGGGAAGGCAAAACGAAGGACCAGAUUCUUCUGCUGAUUGACAUUGAGCUCUCCUACAUCAACACUAACCACGAAGACUUUAUCGGGUUUGCCAAUGCACAGCAGAGGAACACCCAGACGAACAAGAAGAGAGCCAUCCCGAAUCAGGGUGAGAUACUGGUGAUCCGCAGGGGCUGGCUGACCAUUAACAACAUCAGCAUCAUGAAGGGAGGCUCCAAGGAGUACUGGUUUGUGCUGACGGCUGAGUCGUUGUCCUGGUACAAGGACGAGGAGGAGAAGGAGAAGAAAUACAUGUUGCCUUUGGAUAAUUUAAAAAUCAGGGAUGUGGAGAAGGGAUUUAUGUCCAAUAAACACGUCUUUGCCAUCUUCAACACAGAGCAAAGGAACGUGUACAAAGAUCUCCGUCAGAUUGAGCUGGCCUGCGACUCCCAAGAAGAUGUGGACAGCUGGAAGGCCUCUUUCCUCCGAGCAGGAGUUUACCCAGAGAAAGACCAAACGGAGAACGAAGAUGGUGUCCAAGAGAACACCUUCUCCAUGGACCCUCAGCUGGAGCGCCAGGUGGAAACCAUCCGCAACCUUGUCGACUCCUACGUCAGCAUCAUCAACAAGUCCAUCCGGGACCUCAUGCCAAAGACGAUAAUGCACCUCAUGAUAAACAAUACCAAGGAUUUCAUCCACUCGGAGCUGUUGGCCUACCUGUACUCGUCCGCCGACCAGAACAGCCUGAUGGAGGAGUCAGCUGACCAGGCGCAGAGGAGGGACGACAUGCUGCGGAUGUACCACGCCCUGAAAGAGGCCUUGAACAUCAUCGGCGAUAUCAGCACCAGCACGGUUUCCACACCGGUCCCCCCGCCCGUGGAUGACACGUGGCUGCAGACGAGCAGCGGGCACAGCCCCCCGCCUCAGCGCAGACCUGUCUCCGCCGUCCUGCCGCCGGGCCGGCCGCCCGCUGUGAGGGGCCCCACUCCGGGGCCGCCCUUGAUCCCCAUCCCCGCAGGGGGACCUUCCUCCUUCGCCGCUCCCCCCAUCCCAUCGCGCCCAGGACCUCAGAACAUCUUCGCUGCUAACAACGACCCCUUCUCAGCCCCUCCUCAGAUUCCGUCGCGGCCGGCGCGCAUUCCCCCGGGCAUCCCUCCAGGCGUGCCCAGCAGAAGACCCCCCGCCGCGCCGAACCGGCCGACCAUUAUCCGACCGGCCGAACCCUCCCUGCUCGAUUAACCGCCCAGGGGCUGCUAGCGACUCCCGCGUGCCCGGAGCGGCUGCCCCACGCCUGCCGCUUUCGUUUGCCGUUUGGGGGGAGGGAGCAGGGGGGAGGAGGGGAAACCCCGCGUCUAAUCUCUCGUUUUUAAAACCAUCCUACCUGUGAUCAGUCAGCAGAGCGGUUCAAGCCAAGGCCGAUCCCCACCAGCACGCCGAGUCCCCUCCUUGGGACGGGCGCAGCGCAUCCUCGCUUGUAAAUACCGAUGGCAUCAGUUAAGGAUGGGCGAUGCCCCCCUCCCUCCCUCCUCUCGGCCGCGUCCGAGCUGGGAAGCGGGUAGUUGGCAUUACGGUGCGAGGGGCUGGCGCAGGACGACCCGCCGGCGCCGGAGAAGCCCCCUAGCACUAGGUGCACCGAGUCCCGCUGUGCCCCGUGUGUAAUAAACCGCGGAGGAGUAUGUUCUUUGGGGAUUGAAUAUUGCACUUUGUCAGAAAUCCCCCCUCUCCCCCUUCCUCCGACACGCAAACGCUCAGCAUUCUUGCCUUGGGAUCGUCUGAAUGUAUGAGACGGGGACGGGAGAGCUCUGAGAGGCGGUUGACUCAAAGACUGUCGUCUUUUUUUGGCUGUGUGCAGAAUCUCCUAAAGCUGCCGUUGAGGCUGAUCAGAUUCCUGCCUAUAUGCUUUCUUCUUCCUUUUCCUCCUCUUCCUCCUCCCCCGAGAAUUUUUGUAUUAAUAUAUUAUAUAUAAAACAUAGUGAUUUUUGUUUUUCUCUCCUGAACCCCUUACCUUGAAGUUGAUUGCUAAUCUGACCAUAGUCUAUAUUUCAGUUUUUAUAGCUUUGAGGAAAAUUUAUAUAUGGAAAAUGAUGGGACUGCAGAUAGCGAUUUGCUAAUAAAUCUAAUACGCCGCAAGCAGGA